AUGAUUUUUAUGUUUUUAGUCAUCGCUAUUGCUGCCGUACUGCAGAUAGCACUAAUUUCGGUUUUCAUUGGUGCUGGAGUUUAUUACUUGGCUGAAUUUGUUGAAGAGCACACAUCAUUAACAAGAAAAGUUAUAAAAUGGACAAUUCAUGUUGUGAUAAUAUGUCAUAUUGGAUUGUAUGUAUUUGACAAUUUACCUUUAACAUUGAUUGCUUUGGGUCUUUUGAGUCAUAUAGUGUACUACUUUUUGCUCACCGACUUUCCACAUUUCAACUUGACAUCGCUAUCAUUCAUUUCAUCAAUUAUUCUGUUAAUUGGAAAUCACGUGCUAGCCUUCAAAUUUUUCCGACAACGGUAUACGACAAUAUCUGAAGUUUUUUCAUACUUCACAGUGUGUUUAUGGAUGGUGCCGUUUAUGUUUAUAUUAUCAUUAUCAGCCAAUGAUAAUACAUUACCUAUUACUAAUGUGGAUGACAAUGUCGUAUCACAUUAUUUCACCAAUCGUAAACGAAGUUAUAAAAUUAAGAACCUUUUUACUUAUCUUGGUGAUAUUACUGGUAAAAAUAACCAUCUGAAGUAA